GGGGUGGGGAGGCGGCUGGAGGACCUGCGGCAGGCCCGCUUCGGCCGCUGCUCCGGCCUGGUUUCUUUUGGCGUCUGACUGUGCGUUUGGUCGCGCACCAUGGGGAAGCGGGACAAUCGAGUGGCAUAUAUGAACCCAAUAGCAAUGGCCAGAUCAAGGGGUCCAAUCCAGUCUUCAGGACCAACGAUCCAGGAUUAUCUGAAUCGACCAAGGCCUACCUGGGAAGAAGUGAAAGAACAACUAGAAAAGAAAAAGAAAGGCUCCAAGGCUUUGGCUGAAUUUGAAGAAAAAAUGAAUGAGAAUUGGAAGAAAGAACUAGAAAAACACAGAGAGAAAUUGUUAAGUGGAUGUGAGAGCUCAUCCAAAAAAAGACAGAAAAAGAAAAAAGAAAAGAAGAAAUCUGGUAGGUAUUCAUCCUCUUCUUCAUCGAGCUCUGAUUCUUCCAGCAGUUCUUCAGAUUCUGAAGAUGAGGACAAGAAACAAGGAAAAAGGAGAAAGAAAAAGAAGAACCGUUCACAUAAAUCUUCUGAAAGCUCCAUAUCAGAAACUGAAUCAGACAGUAAGGAUAGUUUAAAAAAGAGAAAGAAAUCAAAGGAUGCAACUGAGAAAGAUAAGGACGUUAAAGGACUGAGCAAAAAAAGAAAGAUGUAUCCUGAAGAUAAACCUUUGUCCUCUGAGUCCAUGUCAGAAUCAGAUUAUAUUGAGGAGGUACGAGCAAAAAAGAAGAAAAGCAGUGAAGAACGAGAAAAAGCAACAGCAAGUAUCUCUUACAUUUCUAAAUGACAACAGUAUAGCUGUUUGGGUUUAAUACAAAAUAAGUCAUGGUAAAGCAUGAAUGGAUUUUACCAGGAUCAAAUACAUGGGUGCAAAUUGAGAAAACUGUAAUGUUUAGUAGCUUUGCUUAUAGGGUAGGAGAAAGUCAGAUUGGUUCAGCAAAAAGGAAAUAUACCCUAAUAGCAAAUAUCUCUUAGUUCUAUUUUAGUAGUUUUACUAUUAGAAAUAUAAGUUCAAACAUUUCUUUGACUUUGUUAAGCUAUAAUAUGAAAUAAGAGAUUAAAGUGUGGUGAUUUUAUUAUCUUCCAUAGUAGUUACUUCCAGAUCAGCUAUGUUACCGAGAGUAACAUAAAAAAACCUCUGUAAGCACUAGCUGCAAUGAAAAAAUAAGC